AUGUUCCAGAAACUCGCCAUCGCCAUCACCGGCCUCUCGGCCGCGGUCAUGGGCCUGCCCACGCAGAGCAUCACUGAGGCUCCCGCCAAGGACCUCGUCCGCCGCUUCGGCGACAGCUACACCAAGUACAACGGUGACGGCUCCAUCGGCAACGGCUGGCCCGGUAUGGACCGCUGGGGCUCGUACGACCAGCUCUGGAACGAGAACCUCAACGCCAUGCGCAACUCCUGCAACUGGAACGGCUGGGGCGCCAACAACUCCGAGGACGAGAUCAACAACAUCAACUGGGCCAUCAACAAGGUCGCUGGCGACACUGGCCUCGACAAGCGCUUCAUCCUCGUCAUCAUGAUGCAGGAGAGCAAGGGCUGCGUUCGCGUGCCGACCACUAACAACGGCGUCCGCAACCCCGGCCUCAUGCAGUCGCACAACGGCUCCGGCUCCUGCCAGGGCCAGAACCCCUGCCCUUGGCAGACGAUUGAGCAGAUGAUCCGCGACGGUGCCGCCGGCACCUCCUCCGGCGACGGUCUUAAGCAGACCUACACCUGGGCCCGCGACUCGCUCGGUGGCGAGAUGGCCCGCGCCUACUACGUCGCCGCUCGCAAGUACAACAGCGGCUCCGUCGACUGGGGAAACCUGAACAACGGCCUCGGCAGCACCGGCUGCUACGCCAGCGACGUCGCCAACCGCUUCACCGGCUGGUCCCUGGCCGGCACCUCUUGCUGGUAA